AUGACGGCAGCCACAGAUGGGGGUAUGUCUGGCGUAGUGAAGUGCGCUGAGUGGUUGCACGAACUGAUUCCAUGCUGGCUGGAUGGUGAUGUCUCCGUACACCUGGAGGACGCGCUCCGGGAGGUAGCGACUCACCUCGAUGGCGUCUCCGCGGUCGCGGAGAAGGGUGUCCAUCUUCCCCUGAAGGCGGCGCUGCGCGUGCAGAUAAUGGCGCUGGAUAGCUGGAACGCAACGGCCUUACGCGGAUGGCCAUUAGAACGCAAAGAUCUGAAGGUGCAGGCUCGCUGGCUAGUUACAUACCUGUUCCUCUGCAGUCACUGCGUCUUUGCCGGACAAGAGGUUCGCGAAGCGCACUUGUCGCACCACCUAGACGACGCCGAAAAAUGCAUCCUGAUGUGCCUAAAGACGAGCAAGGGGCUCCUCCGUGCGCGCCACACCGAUGCCGCUGAAAAGUUACUCGCGUGGGCGGCGUGUGUUGUCAAGGCAUGCGCAGGUGUCCCCGGCUCCAUGCGCAGAUUUUCAGCGGAGAUUCAAUUUGCUCAGUUGCGCGCAGCCUGGGAGGCAGCGCAGCACGAACGCGCGUGUGUCAUUGCCACCCAGCUGGCUGAGGAGACGCGUUCAAGCACCGCGUACACAGAGGCGCUGCUCGAGUUCAUCUACAACGUUGGGGUGAAAUCGCUGCAGGAGGGCCGCCCCAAUGCAGGUGCACUCGAUAGCGCGGCUCACGGUGCAUCGGAGGUGGAGGGAGUGGGACUACCAGCAUGCGCAUCAGGGCAGCCCAUGCCAGACGUACAGGCCUCGCUGCAGAGUCUGCUUCUCCUCUCCCUGCGACUACAGAAAGCCGUCAAGGCUCGCUCAGUGAAGCAGCGGACAUUUCUUGGCAUGACAUACCUGCAGUACGGGUAUUCUCUGCUUCUGUGCGGCAAGUAUGACGCCGCGGCGGAGGCGGCGUCGACGUCGUACGACCUUCUCCGCACCCUCGAGCCCAUCGUGGUCCGCUUCAAGGCCGAGGUUCACCGUCACGCCACGGACGAGGUGCUGGCAUUGUUUCGUGCUCUGUGCAGCGAUGCCACGGUUGCUGUGGGGGAUCUCUGCGCCAUGGCAAGCCUUUCCUUGGAGAAGAUGCCCGCUGUACAGGAAACCUUGUUGGCAGAGCUGCAUCGGCGCGUGGCGGCCUCGACGAGCGCUGUCGACCAGUUCCGGCUGCUAUGCGUUCUCAUUCGCCAUUGCUCUGAGUGGAGCGUUACGGAGCUGCUGCGUCGCCUCUCCGAUGGUGAUAUGCCACCACCAGCGUUUCACCGCUUUCUGUUCUGCUGCCUCUGGCGGCUGUCAGCCAUGGCGGUGAAUGGGCAGCCGCGUUGCUUGUCUGCCACGACUCGGUGGAGCUGCCUGGACACCGCACAGCGUCUCUUUCGCGGCGUUGCCUCAGAGGAAGAGCGGCAGGCCGUUUUGCUGGACAUGACACAGCUGGUCCUCGCAAUGCAUGACGAGGGCGUGGACGCCACGGAGGAGCUUGAGCACACGCUGGCAUUAUGCCACAACGUGGGGACUAUCGCUUCUGGACUGGAGGCAUCUUCCUUGCAGGCUCAGGCGCAAAUUGCGUUUUUGCUUGGCAAACAAGAGCAUGGAAUGGAGCGGGUGAGAGGGCUACUUGCAUGCACUGCAGGAGAGGCAGCAGUGCGGGCCUGCAGCGAACUCGUCACGUUUUUGCUCCGCACAUCGUUGCUUCACUCGGCUGGCGCAGUGGCAGAAUUAUGCGUUGUUGCGUUUCACCAGCACCAGUCACCGGUGUGCAUUAUCGAGUUUGCCAAGGUGUUUGCCAUGGGAUGCUUGGUAGACCAGAAUGAAGGCCUCCGCGCCGAGGUUGGCGAAAUUCUUGAGGUGCACGUCUGUCCCAUCUUGAAGCACGUGUCACUGACGUUGCCUGACGCGCGAUGGUGGAGCCGGUUUCUCUGGUACGCUGCCGAGGCGCUCCUUGACAGCGAUCCUGUGCAUGCCGUGCGACUCCUCCAGGCCGGAGUGGAGCUCCCAGCAUACCGUAGCGACGCCGGUGAGGCCGAGGUGUCCACGACAGCGGCGGACGCGUUUCUGCGCAAUCGGCUGUGCCUGUUGCUAGAUACCGAGUUUGACACCUUCGCAGCUGGGCAAGCGGCUCUCUCCACUGUGGAGCUUCGGCGGCACGGGGACUCUCUCGCGAGCCUACUCAGCUCCUGCGACGAGGAGAAGAAUAGCACAGACGAGACCUCCACCCUACGGCAGCGUGUAACGCUCUUUCUCGCGCGCUUAGAGGCGACCCUGCGUGACAUGCUGGUGCACGAUGCCUCUACGCCCAUUGACGUGGAAGCGCUCCGCCUCGACGAACUUCCCAGUAUGGUUGCCAUAAGCUCAGCCGAUCUCGAGCAAGUGGCGGCAGUGUGCCACUACGUGGCCUCACGCCUUUCCCCUCCUGGUUCCCAUUUUCUAUGCGAUGCAGCCCUCAACAUCAUGCUGGCCGCGGCCCAGCUGCAGCUCAGCAGCGAUGUCACCUCCACUGCUGCGCUUAGCGCUCUUUUAGCAACCAUCUACGCCGCAUUCAAGAUGGCUCGUAACGCUGACGGACGCCUGCUGGUCUCCGAGGCUCUCACCGCCGCCCUCCCUCUUCUCACUGCGAAGAAUGCCUCGCUGCGUGCUGCUUUCUCUCACUUACACAACAAUGAUGGCGAGUGCCCUACAGUGGCACGAGACCUCGGCCUCUGCGAAACCGUGGUGGAGUUCUUCGCCGUUGAAGCGUGGAAUGAGUCAGUGCAGUGGAACAUUCUGCAGAGGCGUGAGCUGGUGGAGCGAUGGCGCGCCGUCGUCGCGGUGCUCACGAGUGUCCUCAGCCACGGCAACGCGUCGAAGGCUGCUAUCGCCGACCUUGCUGCGCAGAUGCCUUUGCUGUGA